AGUGACUGUCUAGAAACGAAGCGUAUUGAAUCUGAAAGUUAAAUGUGAAGCUAGUUCCUGUACCAGCGCGCCCUCAAUGCACCUUUUCAGUGACGUUUCAAGGUGAAUACCAGAAGCUCUGUUGUAAGAGCCAGGGGUUUUCGCAGCUAAAUAUUUACGCGGAACUUUUGAGUUUAAUCUUACGGUUGAACCUGUCGUUGCAGCGCGCGUGCCAGCUGUUUGUUUUGCAAGAGAUUUUAUGUGAAAAGUGAAAGAUAAUUACCAGCGGCAGACUUUGACAAGGAACACGGAUCUCAGGCUUGAUCCGACUGAACAAAUGGCAGAAGUUACAAAAGAAGAAGUGGAUGGUGAAAAUGAGGUUAAUGACCCACCAGAAUGGGCUGAGGAUGCAACCAAGGGUUUGAACAAUGGUGAAAAACAGAUGGAAAGUGCAGUCAAAGAAAAGAGUCUUGGACUUCGAAAGUCAAUCAGAGGAAGUUUGAAAGCAAUCAGCAAAAAGAGCCCUUUGUCACUGAAAAACAAACAGUCGGAGAACAAAGAUGACCACAGCUCAAAUUCUCCAUUACGACCACUGCGCUCUCCAAGUUUGAGCAGACAUUCUCCCUCACAAUCUUCAUUUCAGAGUCGAAAGGCAGAAAAACCUUCUCUUACCCGAACAAUGUCAGAUUCUGCAGUUGAAAUAACAGAAUCAUUGGCAAAGAGGGGGACAUUAUUCAGGCAGAGUUUAGGUCUGGGUGUUAAAAAACACAAACAAGAACCACUUGAACCUGUCACGGAGACCAUGACUCUAUCUGAAGAGCAGACAGAGGUUGUAGAUGUGGCGUUGAAUCUCACAGACACGUAUGCUCUGCCACCGAUACCACAUAUGCCUAGGUCAGUAAUGGAGAUUAACAACAUGAUAGAGAUGGAACAAUUAGAGGAGGCCUACUUGAAUCUACUGUCACUACGUUUGGAGCUUCAAAAGGAUCGUCAAGCUCUGGAUCAAGAAGACUAUCCCAUCGAACUAGUUAACAAAGAGAAAGACCUCCGUCUGCUUUAUGGCACAUUAAGGAACAAAAUGUUCACCAUUGUACGUGACUCCAGUGCUCAUCCGUCACGCUGUAAAGAGCUGCUGGUGUAUAUAGCACACAUUAUCCCGGAGGAAGAGAAGAGGCAAGGAGAGCCAGGAGAGAUGCAGGGAUGGAGGGAAGCAUGGAGGGAUGCAGUACUAAACGGGGUUCGGGAUACACUGAAGAAAGUUCCUCUGGAAAGCCGUGAGCAGAACACUUCCUGGCUGGCGGUGCAUCUGGGGCUUCUGGGUAAAGCUGCGGUGGAGGAUUUGAUGAGGGUGAAGACUGAGCUUCUGAACUCAUAUCCAGAAGACUUUAAUGUGUUUGAAACCUAUGUGUCCUGCUAUCAUGAGGCUGUAGAAGAGCAUCUAAAGAGGCUUCUGGAAAAGGUGACAGAGCUGAAAGAUUACUACGCUCUUCUAGAUUUCAUUAUUCAUCGCUACCCCAGUGAGAAGAUCAUGGGAAGCAGCUCUCUGCAGCCUGAGUUGAAGGAAGAACAGAGAACGCUGCCACUGGACAAAAAUGUCCUUGAUCAGAUAAAAGACAAAUACUGUGCUCGCUUACAGGCUGACAUGAAAACAUCACUCAACAGAAUUAUUGACUUGGAGAAUGAGGAAAUGUGGAGAGAAAAGAGAAAACCAGAAAUUGAUGAGGGAAUCUACAGCUCACACAUUGACAUGGACAUCUGGACGCAUAUUAAAGGGCAUGUACAAGGAUCUAGAAGAAUCGAUGUGAACCUUGAGCAGAAGGUUGUGCGUUCCUGUUUGGAGGAACUGAAGACCUUUCCAAAACGGUUUGAGUCAGCAUUUGUUGAGUGGAGCAGUCCUCAGUCUAACUCCUCUCUCUGGGCAGAGUAUCACAUCAGCUACAUCAACAGCUUUAGUGCCCUAAAAGAGCACAUGGAGAACUAUAAGGACACCUGCCCGAUUCCACUGGAGCUGGUCCAAAAAGAAAUAGAUGGACUGACCACCAGAUUGAGUCAAACUGUGAUGGAGAAAUUCAAAACAGAUGUCAAGCCUUUUCUUAGGAGACAAAUGACGGGAAAAUGGUUUUCAUUUGAUGAAGACUUUACACAGCUGAUCAGCAGAACCAAGACUCUUUCUGAACAGAGCAAGUGCAUGACCCCAAAACUUAAACAGAGUUUUGUGAACGAAGUUCACUUUUUCGUGGUAAAGGAAUAUGUAUCUCAACUGAUGAAGAAUAACUACUUAUGCAAAAACAGGAAGAAUGAGACAGCUGCCACUAAGAUCACAAAUCAGUGGGAGGAACUAAUGGAAAUUUUCCAAGAUAUGAACUCUACUUCAGAUUGGCUCCAUCCGGUUGGGAACCAGCUGAGCAAGAUCAUUGGGUGCAAAAAAAGCGAAGUAAAAAACAACCUAAAUCCAUUAGUUCAGAGCUACCCAGACAUCAGCAAGAGUCAUCUUUCAGCGGUGCUCUACUUCCGGGGAAUUACAAGAGGCAGGGAAAAGCAUAUUAUACUACAGCAUCUGGAAGAGGAGAAACAGAGGUCUGGUAAUACUGGAAAUAAAAACCAGGCUUUCUUUAGUGAAAUUCAAGCAGCAGUUAACACAGACUGCCUGGCUGGUACACCCUUCUCCUGUCUGUCCUUCUUUGUACCAGACAGCUAAUGCACUUCAUUUGAUUUGAAGUGGAAAUAAUUGUUGCACUGUUUGAAAGUGACCGUAUGUCUAAUACAUUGUAUGAACAAUAAUAUAUUAUGAGCAAAAGGGAAUGUUUUCAUGCCUCUGUGCAUCCUUCAUGGUCUUGAAACAUUGUUGCCUUUUCAUUGUUGCCUCUUGGGGUUAAACAUGGUUUUAGAGUGUUGUGAACAUACCAUUUGUUAAUUAUAACUAAACAGUAAAUAAUGAUAAAAUACCACUAGGCCUUGAUAAUGUGAUAUUUCUUGAUACCAUAUCCUCAAGAAUCUUUCUCAAAAUGCAAGCCAGUUUCAGUAAUUUAUACAAACAACUAUGAACUCACAUUCAGGUCAUGUUAAAUUAAUGCCUUUCUGAUUGUUUUCACUCAGAAAUGUCUUAUUACAGAAAUAAAAAAAAAAGUUGUAAAUGUUGAGAACCUUGUCAAAAUAUCUUCUGUACAAGACCAGAGAUCUCUAUAAUCAACACACAGCUGUGCACUUUCCGAUAACUAAUUACAUGCAUUAUUAUAUAGUUAUUCUCCUAAACUGUAUUUUUCCUAAACACUAAUCUCCAUUUUUAACAAUUGCUAUUUAAAAACAUUUUUCUGAUUUUUCAUUUUUUUGGAAUCCAAACUUGGACUGUUUUUUUGCCCUCUAGCGGUUGAAGUAUAAAACUGCUUGUUACUUGCGGAGGAACAUUGUUGUGGUAGUUAUGUGAGUUGUGCUUUGGCUUUGUGGAUGAAUUUGUUGCUUGAGGCCCACAGCUGUGGCCAUGAUCAUUUUAUCAGUGGAAUGUAGGAUCUCAUCAAAACCUCCCCACUCCAGUAAAUUCAUGUCAGGUCAAACGGCUCAGGGCGGACACUGAUUUAUAUAUCACUGAACAAAGGCCUAUCAUUGGGUUACAGUCCACAACAGUCCAGUGGAAGACUUGAUUGCUUUUGUAUUCUGUCAACUAUAUUUUCAGGUUUAUGCAAACAUGCACUUAAGUCUUUGGAGGUUUUGCAUCUUGCUGGAUUUGGAGUUUGAAGUGUUUAAAUCAAGACAACAACAACAACACAAUAGUCAUUCAGUUUCAGCUCUGAGUUUAUUGCAUUUCAUUGAAUAUCAUUGGGUAAUUUAUUUUCCUCAUUACUUUGAAUAUGUACUUGAUUUCUGUCUUCUAUAUAAUAUAAAUAUGGUUUAUAGCAGGUGUUAACAGUGAUCAACAACCAUUAUUAAUGAAGGGCGGGGUUGCUAUAAACACCGAUACAGUACAAAGUACUUCGAUUUUAAAGGAGUAUAGAUUAUAUUGAUUAGAUGUCAUUUUCAAAAUCUUAUUCGCAUAUUACAAGAGCUUGUCACCCAGCGAUAAGCAAUGUUAUUCAAGGAAAUUGACGUAAGAUAGUGGGAUAGUCUUACAGAUCCGAAACAGCUAUUUUU